UUCCCCCUCUCUCUCUCUCUCUCUCUGCCCGUCUCUCUAAAGACAAACAUCUCGUCGCCUUUCUCUCUUCUUGACUCACGGCAAACAUGUCCGCAAACGGCGCCGACGGGGACCUUCUGCAGAUCCCUCUGGGGCUCAUCAACAGCGACGGCAAGUAUCUGACGGCCGAGACCUUCGGCUUUAAAAUCAACGCCUCGGCAAGCAGCCUGAAGAAGAAGCAGACCUGGACCCUGGAGCAGACCGGGGAGGACGGCAGCGCCGUGUUUCUCCGCUCCCACCUGGGCCGCUACCUCGCCACGGACAAAGACGGCAACGUGACCGCGGACAGCGAGACGCGCGACGGCAAAGACUGCCGCUUCGUGGUCACCGCGCACGAGGACGGGCGGUGGUCCAUGCAGUCCGAGCCCUACGGCCGGUACCUCUGCGGCAGCGAGGACCGGAUCACCUGCUUCGCGCAGGCUGCUACGCCGGCGGAGAGGUGGAGCGUGCACCUGGCCGUGCACCCGCAGGUCAACCUGUACAGCCUGGCGCGCAAACGCUUCGCCCACCUGAGCGCGCGCGGGGAGCGGCACGAGGUGUCGAUAGACCGGGAUGUCCCCUGGGGUGUGGACUCGCUCGUGACGCUGGUCUACCGUGACCAGCGCUACCACCUCGAGACCUCCGACAACCGCUUCCUCCGCAAUGACGGCAGCCUGUCUACGAACACGGACAAGGACACCGGCUACGUGCUGGAGUUCCGCUCCGGGAAAGUGGCAUUCCGCGACUGCAACGGCCGCUACCUGGCGCCCUCGGGCCCAACCGGCACAAUGAAGUCUGGGAAAAGCACUCGGUUGGGGAAGGAUGAACUGUUUGGCCUGGAGCGCAGCCACGCGCAGGUCGUGCUGACUGCAGGCAACGAGAGAAACGUCUCCACGAGGCAAGGUAUGGACCUGUCAGCCAAUCAGGACGAGGAAGGGGACCAGGAGGUCUUCCAGUUGGAGAUGAGCCGUGAGGACAGGAAGUGUGCCUUCAGAACCGCUUCUGGGAAAUACUGGACUCUGACAGCAAGUGGAGGACUGCAGUGCACUGCCUCCACCAAGUCGGCUAACAGCUACUUUGAACUGGAGUGGCGUGACGGUCGUGUGUGUGUGCGCGCAGCCAACAACAAAUAUGUGAUCGCUAAGAGGAACGGACAUCUAGCUGCUACCGUCGACGGCGCAGGGGAGGCGGAACAGUUCCUGAUGAAGCUGAUCAACCGUCCAAUCAUCGUGCUUCGUGGGGAGCACGGUUUCAUCGGAGCUCGUAAAGCAGGAAUGGCAUCUCUGGACUCCAACCGAGCAUCGUACGAUGUUUUCCAGCUGGAGUUCCACAACGGAGCUUACUCCCUUAAAGACUCCCAGGGGAAGUAUUGGUGUGUUGGAGACGACACGGCGGUGGGGUGCAGCAGCGCCACACCUGUCCAGUUCCUGUUUGAGUUCUGUGACCUCAACAAGAUGGCCAUCCGCGCUCUGGGGGGGAAGUACCUCAAAGGGGACCAUGCUGGAGGGCUGAAGGCCAGCGUCGACUCACUGGACAGCGCCACCCGCUGGGAAUACUGAGACCGAGCACAGCCGGACUUCUCCACUAUCUGACACGACGCUUCAAACUAUUCAUAAAUACUGUAGGUAGCUAGGUUUUUCUGCAUAUGAAUGUGUGUAGUUGUGAAUUUGUCUGGAUGGAUGUGUGGUGGAAAUUGAAGCUGAUAAACUGGAAGUCAUGGCACCAAAGCACUGCAGGUGUUUUUUCUUUUCUCAAUCCUUAACUCUUCUCACCGGGCUUUUUACUGGAGUUUUGGAUGUACGAUGUCGUUUAAUGAACGAAUAACAGUGUGAUUAUUUCUUUCACUUCCAGUCACGUUAACACAAGCCGUACCUGACAGACGUCCGGACGAUUGCUGUUAUUAGUUGUGUGCCUAUCCGUGGUAACUACUGGUGUAAGCAAACAUAUAGAAUGCUAUAACUCAUAAUAUCUAGCCUUCUCCUGUUAAAAUGUCCUGCUGGCUCUUAUUGCGCUGCUUUCAUCUCCUGCUCUUUUUUUUUUUUCAAACUAUAUAAAGCACAAACACGCAUCAGAUAAAUGGAUGUUAGACUUACAUGUUUCUGCUGUAAAUAAAGGCUGUCUUUGUCCCUGAAUGCUUAAAAAAAAAAAACAUAGUAACCAUGGAAACAUUGAGUGCAAAAGUGUGUUGAGAGGGUGUAAAGAAAUAAAAUGGGAUGUGGCUUGCAGAUCUAACAUGUUCUUUGCCUGUAUGCUACUAACUGCACCUCCUCAGAUUUCCUUUGUAUAGACUGAUGCAUCUACAGGAAGUAGUCAAAGGUUUUCCUUAAAGACUGUAAUCCACUCCUGAUUAGAAGGUUUUUGAUUAUACUGAAGGAGGUAACAAGGCUUCUUAGAGAGAAUAAUCUUCCUUGCAGUGGGUAAGGACUAGUUACUACACUCUGAAAUGCACAUAAGUAUGCAGUCAUAGAUACAUUAAUUCCUACUGUGACUCAAAGUCUGCACAAUAAUGUCCCAAUUGCAAGAAGUGAAAAGCACAUGUUUGUGUUAGAUUGGGUGCUGCUGUUGGUGUGUAAACACAAUGAAAUGUGUCUGUGCCUUCCAUAGAGCACUUCAGUCUUUUUCAUGUUCUUACAUUUGAAAUGAACACAAUAAAGAUUUUCCUCUUAACAGCA